GUAAACAAUCACAUUUUUUCGGGAAGACUUUCUUCGAGUUGGGUGAAGAUCAUUUGGCAGUUAUUUUGCGGCCGCCGAUCGGCCAAGAUCUUUUUGACCGAGACCCGAUUAUGUGAACCUUCGGCUGAUACUCAGCGAAUAGAACGCGGUGCAGUACAUCUUCUGCAGUGUUUUCAAUAAAUUUAUGUGAACAACAAACGUGAUUGAUUGCCCUCUCAAAAUAGGAGCACGGUUACGUAUAGCAACGGGAGUCUAAUUUUACGAAUGUGAUCAUUUCAAUAUUGCCACAAAGGUGUUCGGUCAACGGGAUUUCGAGUGGGAUGGAUAAUUGCCGAGGACGGCUGGCGGUGACCCUUGUCAUCGCGAUUGCUUUUCUGGUGACGGUGACCCACGCGUUGCAGGGUUCCGCCCUGGAGGAAGCACGGUUGCAGCGGGAGAACAUGGUACGGAAGUAUCUGAAAAAGUUGAAAAAGGAGGAUGGCGCCAUUAAACUGGUUGGCGGACGGGGUGAUUUUGAGGGUAAUGUAGAAAUUUUUCAUGACGGCAAAUGGGGCGCGGUGUGCGAUGACGAGUGGGAUUCAUCCGAGGCGGAAGUUGUUUGUCGGCAGCUAGGCUUUCCUGGCCACAUCAAGGCGACCCACAGUGGCCACUUUGGAAAAGCGAAACGGAAGUUUUGGAUGGACAAUAUGUUCUGUGGCGGUAAGGAGGCAGAACUGGCACAUUGUCACUUUGAUGGAUGGGGUCACAGCGAUUGUGAAGCAAGCGAAUCGGCCGGAGUAAUUUGCAAAGCGGAUGAUGCAGGAGAACCAAGCACAACUGCCAAGCCAAUUCCGGAAAAGUUUAGACCAAAAAAGGGUCUACUGAUGAAGGACUUGGAAGUACGGUUGGCUGGCGGAAGAAUUCCCAAUGAAGGUCGAGUAGAGGUCCGCUUCGCCGGCAGUGGAACCGCUUGGGGAACGAUUUGCGCAGACGGAUGGUCACUACUCGAGGGCAACGUUGUGUGCCGGCAGCUGGGUUUAGGCUAUGCAAACGAUGCCGCCCAGACGGAUUUCUUCGGUGGCUCGAACCGGAGUGAGAUUUUACUCAGCGGUACGGAAUGUUACGGUAAUGAAACCUCCCUGAGUGAUUGUCUGCACCACGAGGUUGGGUGGCAUAGCAGCUGCAGCGAGCUGGGGACGCACGUGGCAGCGGUGACUUGCGUGGAAAAGAUGGCCGAUUUGGCCUUUGACCAUGUGGAAUUGGAACAGUCACUGCACCUGGAGGACCGAUUGAUGUAUUUGCUGCAAUGUGCUAUGGAGGAGAACUGUGUGGCCUCACAGGCUUAUGAGAUCCAACGAGACAACCCGAAUUGGCAUCUGGAAACGAGGCGGCUGAUGAAAUUUACUGCCCGGACGGUGAAUAUAGGCACGGCGGAUUUCCGCCCCAACAUUCCGAAACACCUGUGGGAGUGGCAUCUGUGUCAUAUGCACUACCACAGCAUGGAGGUGUUUGCCGCGUUCGAUAUUUACGACAGCAAAGGGGUGAAAGUGGCCGAGGGUCACAAAGCAUCAUUUUGUUUAGAGGAUAACCAGUGCCUUCCGGGAACGGAACCCAAAUAUGCCUGUGCCAAUUUCGGUGAUCAAGGAGUAUCCGUGAACUGCGCCGACAUCUACCGGCAUAACCUCGACUGCCAAUGGGUCGAUAUCAGCGAGCUGGACUUUGGCCUGUACACCCUGAGGGUGGCCAUUAAUCCCGAAUUUAAGGUGGCGGAAAUGAACUACGACAAUAAUGCAGCCGUAUGCAGCCUGCUCUACACGGAAACCUACGCUCGGGCGUUCGAUUGCAAAAUCACGCGACCCUAACCCUAUGCCGAUACCACCCGAUCGGGUCAGCAGGUGGCUCCGGAGCACAAAAACAUGUUGGUCGUGGAAUAAACUUGCGCUAUACCGUGCGGUCGGCGCUGUGUCUGCUUCUUCA